CAGCGAUUUGCUAUAAAAGCGUAUUUUAGAGCUCAACUUUAACUUAGUUAAAAACUAAAUUAGGCAAUACAAUGCGUGCCUGUUUGCUGCUUGCCCUCUUUGGAUGUGUGCUCUUGGCCACGGUUUCCGCCAAUCCCCUCGAUAUCGAUGAGAUUGAAGACGUCGAGGAGACGAAUCGAAUUGCGGAAGAGAAAAAGAACUUGGCAGAAGAGAAGGAUAACGUUUUGGACGAUGAGGAAGAUGACAAUACAGAUGACGAGGAGGACGACGAGGAUACACAGGACUCUGAGCUAGAUGACUCCGACUCCCAGGAUGAUUCCGAGGACGAUGAUGAAGAAAAAAGCGAUGAAGCCAAGCCAAAAGAACAAGAUGAAGAGUAACUCCAAUGGGAAAUGACAGAUUCCAUUCAUUUAUUGUUUUAAUUAACACGUUUUACCGCUUGUUAGACUUUCAAACAACUGUUCACACAAAGCAACCAACUCCAUCUCCGACAGCCUAAUAAGCAAAUGUUUUUAUAUUAUCUGAGCAAAUACAUAAAAUUCUGGAAAUGCCCGUGAUCAUAA